AUGAAGAUCCCUACACUCUUCAAGGGCAAAGAAACGAAGCAUCCAUGGCAAAAAUGGCCUUCAUGCAAGGACCCUAGGACGCUUUCUUUCAAAGGUGGAGAUGAUGUGAUCAAGACUGUAAACUCUGUCUUCUUUGAUCCUUCUGAAGGUGUUGAAACACCAGAGUCAUGGUUCACAAACUCAUCAGAAACUACAAGCUUCUCAACCGAGUCAGAGGACUUCGACGGGGAGUCGUUGGAGGUUGUUGUACGUGGGGUGAGAUCAGAAAGGUUGUUUUUUGAGCCAGGAGACACAAACUCAAUACUAGAGGAGGCAAAAACAGGAGGGUUUCCUUUCAAAGAAAGUGUAGCACUAGCAAUGGAGUCAGAAGAUCCAUAUGUUGAUUUUAGAAGGUCGAUGGAGGAGAUGGUGGAGUCUCAUGGACUUAAAGAUUGGGAUCGUUUAGAGGAGUUAUUGGGGUGGUAUUUGAAGGUCAAUGGGAAGAAAAAUCAUGGGUAUAUAGUUGGGGCAUUUGUGGAUCUACUUGUUGGGAUUGCAGCUGCUUCUCGUUCUGAUUCUACUUCCUUUUCUUCUGCUGUUUCUUCUUCCUUUUCUUCUCCAUCUCCUUUAAGCUCUCUGAAAGAGCUUAAUGAGAUUGAUGAGGAAGAUCAUAUGACUAGUCUGAUACAUCCUGUGGUCUCCCCUUACCCUUUUCAUGGCAAAGGUAAUAUGCAAAUCUUGGGUUGCCAUAAGAAUGGAGAAAGUGAAGUGGAGCAGUAG